AUGACAAGCGAAGAUCACAAUUCUAUCUCCUUUAUCCUGGGGCUCAAUCAGUUCCAGGAGGGUGCUCCGCCGGAAAACGUGGAGGCGACGUCGGGCGACACCAACCACCUCCUCGCGGGGCUCAAUACACUGCCGUCGGCGAGCCCAGAACAUGCAGACGAGGCCGUGACGAACUUUGCAAAUCAGCUGUCGCUGUGGACCAACGCGAGUUUCUCGUUCGACGGACCGAUGGGCCAUGCCUUGAUCGGUGACGAGGAAAAGGAGCCGUCCAAGGCCGAGGGCGCGCGCCGCGAGGACGAGGAAGAUAAGAUGCAGCGCUAUUUUGCCGCGUCAAGUGCGCACUCGAACGCGGCGCGGGAUAAGAACCGCGAGCUGGACCGCGAAACGCGCACCGCCUCGGGACCGUCUUAUCAGGGUCCGCUGAACGAUACGCCGGCAGCAGGCUUUGCGGGCAGUUUCCACGAGGCCAUGGGCACGCCGCGCGCAGAGCCACAGCGCGCCGCGACCUUCCCGGCAUCUCAGCCGGGCAUUUCGCCCCAGGACGCGGCGGCUUGGCGUGUGCAAAACGCCGAGCCGGGCGCGCCUGCCGCCGCAGCCGCCCCGGGCGCACCGGGCCAGAACUGGGACCUGACGUCGACGCUCGCGCUGCAGUACCUCUUGUCCAAGAACCCCAACGUGCUGCAAAACUUGCCGCACCUCAACGGUGCGGCCCAGGCCCCACAGCGCCAAUGGCAGCCGCCGGCGAGUCCGAGCGGUGCCAGCGGUGUCCCGAACGGCUUUGCCGCGCCGCACACACCGGUGGACCCGUUCCAGGUGCUCAACGCACCGCCGCAGAACCGCCCGUCGGGCAGCGCACCAAGCUCCUCGGCGCGCAGCGCCAGCAGCCUCGGCGAGCGUGCGCCAGCGUCCGAGUUCACGUUUGCCGCGCCGGGCGAUGCGAGCAAGGUGCCAUCGGCCAAGAAGCGCAGCUCGUCGUCGGCGCUCAGCCGCAGCAACUCGACGCACCUCGAGCCGGCCCCCGAGCAGGACGACGACCAGUCGGGCUCGCAGAGCGACUCGGCGAAGCCCGAGUCGUCGCGCAACCGCAACGGCCCGAACGUGUCUGACCGCGUCAAGCUCGUCGACACCGGCAACCCCGAGGCGGAUGCCGAGACGAACCGCCAGGCGAUCGAGGAGGACAAGCGCCGGCGGAAUACGGCGGCCAGUGCGCGCUUCCGUGUAAAGAAGAAGCAACGCGAAGCGGCGCUCGAGAUGUCGGCCCGGGAGCUGGAAUCCCAGGUGAACGAGCUGAAGCAGGACAACGAGCGCCUGCGUACCGAAAACGAGUGGCUCAAGCGGCUCAUUACGGCCCGCCCAGAGGGGCUCUCGUCGCUCUUGGGCGCGAGCGUGCAGCCGCAGCCCUACCCGGUGUCUUCGGGACAAGGUUUGGAGGGGAUCGCAGCGCAGCCCCCAGCGUUCUUUGCCAAGGGCUCGCAUGAUGCGCCGCAGGAGUAG